AUGGGCCGCACUUUGGGUGCUGGUACCUACGGUAUUGUACGAGAGGCCGACAGCUCCGACGGCAAGGUCGCCGUCAAGAUUAUCCUCAAGAAGAACGUCAAGGGCAAUGAACAGAUGGUCUAUGACGAAUUACAGCUGCUACAACAUCUAAAACACCCUCAUAUCGUUCGGUUCGUCGAUUGGUUCGAGUCGAAGGAUAAAUAUUACAUUGUAACUCAGUUGGCCACCGGUGGAGAGCUGUUUGAUCGUAUUUGCGAAUUGGGAAAAUUCACCGAAAAGGAUGCUGUCAGGGUUGUCAAAGAGGUACUCGGCGCCGUCGAUUACCUUCAUAAGAAUAAUGUCGUCCACAGAGACUUAAAACCGGAAAACCUUCUUUACCUGACCCCGGACCACGAGUCAUCUCUCGUCCUCGCAGAUUUCGGCAUCGCUAAAAUGCUCGAUAGCAAGGAUGAAAUGCUUACUACAAUGGCUGGUUCGUUCGGUUAUGCCGCUCCAGAGGUUAUGCUGAAGAAAGGUCACGGUAAGCCAGUGGAUAUGUGGUCACUCGGUGUGAUUACCUACACCUUACUAUGCGGCUACUCUCCAUUCCGUAGUGAGACUCUACCGGAAUUGAUCGACGAGUGCAGCAAUGGGCGUGUUAUUUUCCACGAGCGCUACUGGAAGGGUGUCAGCUCCGACGCCAAGAUGUUUAUUGGAGAGCUUCUCCAGCCCAACCCGAACGAACGUUUGUCCAGCUCGGAAGCUUUGAAUCAUGUCUGGCUCAAGGGAGAAACUGCCACCGAGCACGAUAUCCUUCCCGAUCUCAAGCAAUUCCUUGCCAGAGCUCGUCUCAAGCGUGGUGUCGAACUUGUCCGCCUCUCGAACCGCAUCGAGGCCUUGCGUCUCCAGCAGGAUGCUAAUUCCGACGACCAAGACGAUGUCCCAGAACAAGCUGGCGAGGCUGCUGCCAGCGUUCCAGGUGCAUCUGUUUCUCCUGGAGGGGCUAGAAGACUCUCUAGAGCUGCUAGGUCCGCCAUAUUCAGGGAGGUCGUACUUGCAAAAGUUAGAGAUAUGAAAACACAGGAACAGAGAGAAAAGGCAGAAGAUGCUGUUACCAAGCUUUCUGGAAAGUAA